AUGGCUUCCAAAGGCCCUGUAGAAGAAGCUACACAGGCGGCUGGCGAGGCCAAGGGGACGAACCCUAAGGACCCCUCAGUCAUCUCCUCUGGCGGCGCAGUAGGCAAGCAGUUCAACCCCGAUGGAAACAUUGGACAGGUCGGCGAGAAGGUCGGGGGACCGUUCUCUAAGGACGGCGCUAUUGGAAGCCAGUUCGAUGCGAGCAAGGAUGGGAUCGCAGGGCAGGUCGAGAAGGCGGUGGAUGGGCCGUCGAGGCCGGCGACGGAGAAGAAGAAUUAG